AUGGAAAGCAUUCCAAAAGCUACUCAAGAAGAGAUCACACAAUUAAUCAGUCUAGAGAAGUCUAUCCUGUCCAAAGCCAAGGAGCAAGAUUUUAGAAGAUGCCAGAGCAUUCUCUAUCAGAUCUGCCCAAAGGAUCGAGAAAUUAAGCCAUUGAAUCCAAACUCUGAAGAAGCUCCAAAAAAUAGUCGCCUCUCGAUGGAUUUCUCCGAUCUCAGCGAUAUAAAGCUUGCACAAAGUUUCGACCAUUUCAGGCUAUUUGAUAUAAAUCUGGUCAAUUUCUUUUAUGCUGAGUCUAAAAAUAGGCAUUUUGAAGAUUUCUUAGAGUUCUCAUUCCCAAAUAAAACUAAUGAACUCGGAUUUAUUUCAGGGGGUGGAGCGGAUAUGAAUAAGCUCAAUUACUUAAACCCACUGACCAGACUUAGUUCUAAAGUUAUCCAAAGAGUGUUAUUUCAGUCUUUCUGCAUUGGCUAUCCCCAAUUGAAAAGAUUGGUGGCAGCUUACAAGCAUGUCAGAGAGUUAGGAUUGUGAUUUUGCAAGUUAUCAAUCCCAAGCAUUCCUGAUUUUUCAAAGGCUCUUAAAAACUGCCAAAUCCAGAAACUAAAUUUAAUAGCAACAGGAAGCUAUGGUUGAAGUGAUUGGGAGAACAACCUUGAUGAAUUCAAGAACUUGGUGCAAGGCUUGUCAAGUUCUCCAGAUUUAAGAUUGAGUCUCAAAAAAGUAAACAUUGAUAUGUGUGAAAUUAUCUAUGAUGAAGCUGAGCAAAUUUUUGAAGCAAACCAACUUGGUGAAGUAGAAAUAAUAACUUUUAAGCGUUUCUAG